UGGGACGGAAAGAUGGAAAGCCGGCGAGGUCGCCGCCGCCGCCAAUUGUGAGUGUGGCACCGAUGGUGGACGUGACGGACCGUCAUUUCCGGUCUUUGAUUCGCAUCAUGACCAAGCGGACUCUUCUCUACACGCCAAUGUACCUCGCACGUCGGGUGGCGCUGCGCAAGCGGCAUGAGGUGUCGCAGAUGCUGCUCUUCCGUCCAGCCGAGCUGCCACUGGCCGUGCAACUCGGUGGAGACGACGUCAACCACAUCAUGAGCGCUGCACGGAAAUGCCAAGACGCAGGUUUCAGUGAGAUCAACUUGAACCUGGGGUGUCCAGCGGGGACCGCCCAGGAGCGCAACUUCGGCGCGACGUUGAUGAAACCACCGCACAACAGAAUCUCGGCGCUCGUCAAGACGAUGACGUCGCAGCUAGAUGUGCCCGUGUCGGUGAAGGUCCGCAUUGGUGUCGAUUCGUACGAUGACUAUCCGUUCUUCCGCAACUUUAUCGAGCAAUUGCAUGUGGUCGGCGGGUGCAAUCGUUUCGUGGUGCAUGCACGCAAGGCGCUGCUGGACGGCAUCAGCACGCGGCAAAAUCGCGUGGACGAGCUCGUGCCGUUGCGCCACGACUGGGUCUAUCGUCUCAAGCACGAGAUGCCGCAGUUGCACAUCGAGAUCAACGGCGGGAUCAAGUCUAUCGAUGACAUGCACACGCAUUUGGCCCACCCGUGUGGUUUGAACGGUGUGAUGAUGGGUCGGUUGGCCCGCGACAACCCGUUUACGUUCACCGAGGUCGACUCCCGUUUGUUUGGCGAUCGAAACGUGUGGAAGCGCAUGUCGCCAGUUGAAGGUCGCAUCGAGGUGCUUCGACAAUACGCCGAGUACGCCGUCGCCGAGCAAGCACAAGGGGUGGAAUCGCGACGGGAGAUGCUCCUGCGCCCGACCAACCAAGUGUUUGAAGGGUGCCCGCUGGAAAAGCACGUGUUUGCGACGUUGCUCCGGGGGACACCAAAAGAGCACCGACCGCCCCUGUUUGGACACGAAUUGCUUCAAGCUCUCGAGCGACUUCCCGCCGCCGUCGAAGCGGAACAGAAGAAGCGCAGGUUGCAGCACCAACCGCGGCAGAAAACGUCUUGGCAGGUUCCCGAGAAAAGUCGUCGGGCAGCGCCAUUCGUAGCGCGGACUCAGCAACAGCCUCGCCAUGCACGAGCGGCAGACUCGACAGCGCCACGACCAACAACGCAACGGCACAAGAGCGUGCGGAUGCGGCAAUCCAGAGCACGUUCGUAGACGAUAGGCAAGAGAUUGGUGCGAGGCGUACUACGACGCGGGGCAUGCGACGAUUCGAGCUCCGCUCUUUGCAUCAUGGACAACGACGAUUGCGCCCCGUGGGCUGCUAACGCGUUCAAGGCAGUGUUGUGGUGUACAGGUUUUUCAGACUCGGGUGGUGUCAACUGCCCUGGGAGAAAAUGACUUUGGUGAAAUCGUGUCUGCAUUUCGUUGCUGGGCAUGCUCUCGACACGGGGGUUCGUCGCAUCUAUUACGACGACGACCCUCAUGAGCAUUCGCUUCGUUGACGCUGCCGCCGUCGUCGAUGAAACACCACAGGAAGAAGAAGCAGCAGCAGCAGCAGGCGGGAUUUACGACAAGUACAAGCUUGUGGCAAACACAACGUCCCGCUUGAUGCUUUCCGACGCAAUUUCCAUCUUGCGGUAUAGACGUGGGUCUCCAAUCACGCGCGCGGCGUUGCGGACUUCGCGGCAGACUUCAUCGAGCCGCGUCAUGCACCGAACGAUCGACCCUUCCGGGACAUCCGUGAGUUGGCAGAUCGACUGGAACGGCAUUCCUCGACUCCAUUCGUACACGACUUCCAUCAGGCCAAAGUUGAGUGUCGACUUGACGUAUUCGAGCGGGUCGAUUUCCAACUGGGCUUCCAGUUGAAUCAACCCGAGUGACGUGGCAAUCGCUUGGACCUACCCGCCCUGGAGCGUCAGCAUCUCUCGACCACCCCUGCACGACGU